AUAUUGUUCUCGCAGUGUUAAAAACGCCUCCCGUUUGAGCACACACAUUUCCAUUACACAUUUAUCACAAUUAUUUUAAAGAAGUAUUCCACGUUUUCAAAUCUUUUACUAAUAUUUUAAUCAUGAUUUCCUCCAUGCUGGAUACGCCUAUUGCCUCCAUCUACGACAUGAUGGUGGAGCGCCAUCUUAAGCUGCGCCGUGAAUCAGAAUUAAAGGAGGCCGGGAAAGGUACUAGUAAGUUGACGCGCAGACUAAAAGAAGAACGUUCAAUCGCCGAGGAGAAGAAGGCACCCAUUAAAUCCAAGUCCAACCAGAUGAAGAUGCCCUCAUUAUAUAGGCGGGAAUGCGACUCUCCACCACCGGCAAACGCGAUCACUGCUGCACACCUGACCAAAAAACAGACUGCCUUGAUGGUUCAGCCGCCGUCGGAGAAAGAAGUGAUUAAGAAACUGGUCGAGAAGAUUUCGAAGGGGCGCGUCAGGUCCAAGCCCGAAUCCAGUGACCCAAAGUCAAGCAAGACGAAGCUGGUGGUCAGUGGUCGGCGUAGGAAGAUGGUGGCCCAAAGAUCACUUUCCAGCAAACAGAAGCUGGCCAAAUCGAACUCCUCUCAGAUGAAGAGCUUGCCCCUUUCUCCAAGAAACGAAGAACGUGGCCCGAAGGAUGUAAAGCCGCAGGCCAAAACGCCAAAGAUGAAAACGUCAAAGACUUCGGAGAAGAAGACGCGUCUACAAGUGCACAGCUCCAAGGUAUUAGAUCCCUCCGGCAAGGCAACAGGAUCUCGUACUAAUCGCUGGCGUGUCUAAAACUACUUGAAAUGAUUGGCUAAUAUGUAUAUGGAACGUAGUCCUUGUUCCAUUGCUAUUACAUAAAUUUACACUUAGUAAUCGAAGGAUUAAAGCAGGGAUCUCUUACGUGAAGAACUUCACUUAUCUCACAUGAAGGCGAUCAAAAUUGUGAAUGUGCUUCCGUAUAGCUUUAUCUAGUUUAUAUAAAUAAAUAAGAGAAUACCAGCUUAUAUGGUUAAACUAAAUUCAUUUCCUGAAAAAGCAAAUAUGUAUCAUUUAAAGUAAAUAAAAUUAAAUAAUUAACGACACAAUAUAAAUCUGAAAGAACCUGCUAAAGGGAUGCUAAAAUUUUAUUUUCAUAUUGAUGCAAUAAUUAAAACAAUAUUUUUUUUUAUUUUUAUUUAUUUGGUUUAGUAAUAAAUUAGAAUUUCCAUUACUGCAGCUUAACAUUUGGUUUCUUAUUCUUGUAUGUUCUGUUAUUAAGCCUAACUUGUGACACAAAUUUUAAGACAAUUUUGCGACGGCCCAAAAUAAUUUGACAAGAAUUAGUUUUUAGUGUGGGAUUAACCAACUUUUAAAUUUGCAUAGCUUAGAUCUAAAUUUUGUUACUUAAAUAUUCUGGUUUAAUUUAACUUCCGAUUCAAUUCGCACAAGUUCUUGUUUUUCCUUUUCCUUUAGCUUUUGUUUUGUUUAUCUUUGCUCUGUUAAUUUAAAAUGCAACUACUACUGACUAACAAUACUUGGCCAUAUAUAUAGUACAUAUAUAUAGUGUAUAUAGAGUAUGCAAUUAUUGGUUUUAAUCUUGCCUUGAAAUUUCUGUUUUCUGUUUUUUGUAUUGGUAUCGGUAUCGUCUGUAAACGGGCGCCAAAAAUGGGUACGGGUAAAGAGUUAGGAGGAGUUAUACAAAAUAACGAAAACAUUGCUCACAAUUGUUUCGAUUGGUUUUACAAAAAUAUUGUACACAAUAAAUAUUUUGUAUAAUCGUUUUUAUCAAAUUUCCUCUAGCCAAGGACUGGCAAUUAUAUCAUAGUUCAAUAUUAACCAUAUACUCUGCAGUUUGCCAGUUUUGCGCUUGCUUGACAUAUAAAUGAAUUUUCUAAAACAAAAAUUCAGGGCGCUCUCGCUUGAUUUGUUUCUGUUUUUGGUAUGUUGUGAGAUAUAAAAUACUUGAGAAAUUUGUAGAUACAUUUGUAUAAAGCAAAGCCAAGCAAACAGGUGCUGCACGUAAAUGCCGUGGUAAAAACAAAAACAAUUGCUCUAAUCUAACUAAAAUGCAGCUACUUACGAUUUAAAUUACACUGCGCUAUUCUUACAGUUAAAACAUAAUCAUAAAUAUGUAUAAAUGACAAAUUGGUUUUGUGUCCUCCAAUUCUCUUAUGUGUUGGGUUUGUGACUAAAUUUUAGGUGAAUUUUAAAUUCAAUUUCAGAAUUUUUGGUGGCUUUGCUCUUGGCCCAAGACAUUGCUUUGGGUGUUUUGCUAGCUUGUCGAAGACAAUUGGAUUGGAUUAAUUUUACUUGCACAACAUGUUGCCUAAUUUAUUUAACUGCUAGCGUACAAUGAUUUCAGCCAAAGUUCUUUCAGU